UUAUGUUUACAGACAGAAUAAAAAACGGCUAGACUGCAGCUAAUUACAUGAUGUGUUGGAAUGGAGGCUGGUGUGGUCCACAUGUGUGAAUGGAGUCAGUGGUGUUAGUGCUGCAUGGGCUGCUCAUAAUAUCUGCUGUCAUUAUAUGUGUGUGUGUGUGCCGUCUGUGUGUGUGUGUUGAUGGCGGAGGUGUGUGCACUGCAGAUGGCUCCUCAAUGGCAGGCCCUUUCCUUCAUUACCAUAACAACAGACUGCAGCUCGAGAGCAACAAAAAAAAAGUCGCCCUUCGCUCGUCUUCCCACCCAUCGCAGCAUCAUGUCGUCCAAAUAUUAAACAUCACCAUAUAAUCACGUUUUUGUGCGCUCAACUUCAGAGUGUAACCUGCUUCUCUUGUUGUCCGUCUCUACAGAGCUUUGCUGGACAGCGAGAGCCUCGGGGGAGACGUCCCUUUGUUAAAUCAGCCAAGAGACAUGUCCGUCACAGAUGCAGUUUUCAGUCCUUGGGGGGUUAAAACGAAUUACCAGACCCAGCUGUCCACUGGAUACAAGACCGCAUCCCUCUCAUCUGUCCGUGGUUUAACAGGAAGAGGGCCAACAGCGAUUACAGCAACACCAAUGUGGAGUAGAAAACCUGUAACCCUCACUGAGACUCCAAAGAUUUCCUCGGAACUUGAGACUACCGAGUCAGCGACGUGGGAAACCCCUUAUCCCAAAAUACUGCAGGAUGGAGCCAUUGAAAACUUUAGACCCCAGGAGCUUCAUGAGAGAGUCACCUAUGCCGAGCCUCUAUCGCCUCCCAAUGAGCAGGAGGCUGAAACAACACCAGGGGACAAAGAAGGGGAAGAGGACUGGAACAAUGUUGGUGUGGAACCGACUGAGGGCGGACCAGUCGUCCAGUCAGUGGUCAGUUAUCAGGUUGAGUCUGGCCUCAGCGCUGAGCCACCCCUCAGUGAUAAAAUAAGUCAGCAUCAGUUUACCACAACCGACCUCACACCAUACUCUGUCAGAAUGACAGAGGAGCCCUGUGGUUUCUCAGAUGAAUCCGAUAUGGAUGUGCCUUUUGAAAGAUCUGUGGGAAAAGAAGAUAUACAAGAGCUGCAUGCUCCAAUUGAUGAGUGGGCAGAGAAAGAGUUUAAAGGCAAAGAAAUAGAGCAUGUGCAAGAGGAAAUGUCAGAUUCUGAAACAGAGGCGGUGAUUGAACCAAACUUUGAUUCCAGGACGAGUAGUCCAGUGUCUGAAUGUGAACCUGAAGAGAGCUUGUUCGACAAAGUGACAGACUUCAGCACAGAUGAAAACAUCUUGAAGGAGGACGCUGCUGAGACGAGGCAAGAAACGAGCUGUUCCAUAGUGGGAACAAAUGAGACGGAUGUUGAGGAUAAGUUGUAUCCUGAUGGAGAAGAGAUGGAUACGUGGGAUAGUGUAAUAGAGAGGAAGGCUGAUCUGAAGACAGAUGAGGGCAUGAAAACGGAUGAAGAAAAAGGACAACACGCGGAACCAGAGGAAGAUAUAUCAGCAAGAGAACAAAAGCAUGAACAGAGAGAAAUUAGGUCUGAUUUUGCCGCAGGUGUACGUCAAGACGACAUCGAGACUUCUUCAACGAUGCACACACAAGUAGAUGACGACGGACGGCAUGCUGCUUUAGACCAAGAGGGUGCACUUUUCCCUGACAACGACGAAGACGAGGAUGAGGAGGAUUCUCAAAAUGUCUCUGUGUCAUGGAGGACAGAGCUGGAGGGUGACAGCUACGCUCAGGACAACACUCUCGCCGACCCUCGGCCUCUGAUUCGAUACAAGAGCGACGAGACCGACGCCAACACUCAGGCGUCGCACGUGGACGAGAGUGACUCCAGUGAUGGGGAACAGGAAAAGAAGUGCGGAGAGACGGGAAUGUGGAGCGAGGGCAAGUCAAAGAGAUUUGGAACUAUGGAAGAUCUGUGCGAAGAAGUCGAAGGGGAAGCGCUGGAUGAGGAGUAUAAUCUGGGAUAUACUCACAUUGAGAACAGGGGUGUUGGUCAUGGUAUGACUUUAAGUGACCAGGCUGAAGAAAUGAUCAGAAAAGUCAGUGAGGGACAGUCGGAUGUAGAAACUGAAGAACUUACCAAAUCCACGACACCCACAAAUAUGUGCAACGAUGAGGAGUUGGAGACAGACCGACUUGUGGAACAGGAAUUAGAAAACCUAGCCACGGACAGCUACAGCGCUCACUUUGCACAGCAGCAGGUUAGCGAGAGCGAGGAGAUGCUACAUCUGCAGGGCAAGUCUGUCGAGGUAAAGACAGAGCAAGAAGAAGCGGGAAUGCCUCGCUUUACAGAGCCUGACGUGAGAGUCAACCAGCAACUUGCAUCUUCCACCACAAUUACAGAUCAACCUCACGAGAACCUGUAUUUCUGUGAUUCACCAGUGGCAACGCCUCAAGCAGACACCCUGACGUACGAGGAGGUCCAGCAUAAAGAUCAGGAGGUGAUAGAUGCUCCAGAGAAAAGAGAGGAAGAGGAUGAACACAAUGCGUCCAUGGUGACACAUGCCGAUGCUACAGAAGAUCACUCUAGCUUUACUGACUUCAUCUGCAGGCCUGAUAUGGAAGAAAUCAACAACUCAGAGGGUCCAAAGCCUGUGUUGCAGGUCACAGCGGAUCAGGAAAACCUUCAGGCUGUGGCUGCCCCUACUGAAGUGAAAGAGGUUGCACCUGGGGAAGCAUCAAGUGUAUCUCAAGAACAUCUAGUUGAGGAUAUUGCAGACCGCAAGGAGUUUCCAGAAGCUCCAGAAACAGCUGAAUGGGAAGUGCUAGAGAACCCUAGUGAGGACUUUGAAAUAGGACAUCAGAGUGAAGAUUAUGAAAAAUGCGAUCCUGUGCCUGAAUCAGCUCAAAGUUAUCUCCACGAUGACAGAAGCUCUGAUGAGGGAGUUAUGACACGAAAGGUUGAGAUUUCUCCCGGCAGUGUACCUGAUGAAAACGAUAUCUUUGUAGCGAAGAAUUCAGCUGAACACAUGAACACAAACGGCAAAGACAACAGCCUCCACGGUUUCUUCACCUCUGGCUUAACGAAUGACUUCUGGGCGUCCUCCUUGGAGACCGGUGCCACCAAUCAGCCAGAUGAUGCCUGCAAUGAAGCAGCUGAGCAAACCAAUCAGAAUUUGGUUUGGGGUGAUUCAGAAAACGUGGUUAACGUGGUUAACUCCAGGGUGGAUCUUGACUCAUCUAAAGCCCUAAACGCUAAGAAAGAGCAGGAACAGAUGCAUGCGGAGGUGAAGCAGGUGUUGCGUAGCAAUGUUGUUGAGGGCGAGUUCGUUCAUUCUGACGAGUCUGAGGUUGAGGGUGAAUCCUGGUCAUCUGGGGAGGAACCGGUGUGAAAAGUAGUGCGAAGUUUGAGCUUUUACAAUUUUAGAUGUAAUUAGUUUGACAUUGUCCUCAUAACGCAUUUACUAUGAAAGCCAAAGUCCUGCCUUGGUUGCACACCCCAGUGACGCUGAACACCAAUGUGCCAAUUCUGUCUCUAAAGAUACCGAGCACUCUUGUUUCCUUAAUCUGACACGUUUGGUCAACAAUUUUUUCCUCUAUCCUAAUCGUUCAAACUCUUUCAGUGUGCAUGUAAGGAUGAUAUCUGCAUGAGGGAACAGCAUGAAGACAGAGCAAAGAAUGACAUUUGAAAGUCAAAGCAUUAUUGAUUACUGCCUAAUCCGAUUUUACUGGCUGAUAGAGAUCAAUGAGACCAGAAGGGUAGGAUUCCUGGUAGAGCUGCUAUUCCACAAUGUUUCUGCUGGUGAGUCGUCUCAUUUCACUGGACAACAACUGACCCGUCUUUGCAUGCUCCACACGUGUAGAAUGAAUGGCUGGUUGUAAAAGGUUUGUGUAAAAGAUCACACAAACCGUUUUGGAAAAGCAAACUGUUUUGUUUGUAUUUUAUUGGUCUGUACUCAAAAGGCUUUUUAAUUUCCAUCUAUAAAGUUUAUGCUGCGGUACAUUUACAGUCCAUAAUAAACAGUAGAUUCAU